AUGAUUCACAAGAGCCCUUCCCGAAGAACCAUGUCAAGACCUUACAAUCAGCACAUCACACCAAGUACGGCCAUACGCAGCGGGAAACCUGGAUCGUCUGUGAAACGUAAAAACUCUGUAACUCCUUUAUCAACACCGGUAUCAAUUUCGACCCCAUCGCUGCGAACUCGAGAGAGUUCACCUACUCGCUUUUCCACAGUUUCAUCUCCGACUAGAACGAGCUCUAGUUGUAGCAGCCGUGGGAAAACGUCUGAUGGUAUGAUCAAUUUGGACACAAUAUUGCAGAGUGGGAGCACGCAACAGUAUCGCGGGACGAUCUCAGUAUCGAUACGUGUGAAACCAUCCGAGUGUUUCGCCAGAAAUCCGUGGAAAAUAGGUCAGAACCAUACGAUUGCCCAUGAUGACGUUGGUGAGUUCAAGUUCGACAAUGUUUUCCACCCAAGCUCCAACAAUUUGCAGGUCUACGAAGAAAUUGGCAAACCUCUUAUCGACAAACUGUUCGAGGGCUACAACGCCAUAGUUUUCGCCUAUGGUAUGACAGGCUCUGGCAAAACCUUUACCAUGAGCGGUACCUCAGACGAGGCGGGCCUUAUACCGCUUUCGGUGGAGCGGAUAUAUGCCCAAAUUAUGACUGCAAGACAAGAUGACGAGGAGCUGUCUGUUAAAGUUUCCUACCUCGAGAUAUACAACGAAAAGAUCUACGAUCUUCUAAACUAUCAAGAUAGCAAAAUCUGCUCUUCCACGCACGGAUCAUUCAUCCCGAAACCAACUCAAGCAACAUGUGCAGCCGAAUUGCAAAUCAGAGACGAUUCCAAGCAUGGGGUGCGAGUUGUGGGACUCACAGAACGAGACGCCAACUCGACCGAAGAACUAAUGAAAUGGAUUUCGAUUGGAAACAGCAACCGCAGAACCGGCGAAACUGAUUACAACGCAAGAAGCUCACGUUCUCACACUAUUGUGUCGAUCACCUUAACGCGUACCAACGUGGCCAGUGGGAUAGAGACAUGCAGUACACUGUCUUUAUGUGAUUUGGCUGGGUCCGAGAAAGCUGCAGGGCAGCAGGAAAGACGCAAAGAGGGCGCUUUCAUCAAUAAAUCUCUAUUGGCUUUGGGCACGGUCAUUUCCAAGCUAAGCGCUGGCAGCACACAUCCUAAUUCGCAUUUUGGAACGAGCCAUAUUCCCUACCGAGAUUCCAAAUUAACUCGCAUUUUGCAACCGGCUUUAUCUGGUGACAGUAUUGUCACGACUAUCUGCACCAUAGACACAAGACUAGAAUCGGUAUCGGAAACGGUGAAUACGAUUCGAUUUGCGUCUCGCGCCAAAAAUGUGUCUAUGACCGUCAAGAGAAAUGAGGCCGAAUUGCCUCACUACCGCGAGAACAUGGUCAACAGUCUUAAACGCCAAAUAGAUGAGCAGCAAGAGAUCAUAUGGGAAAUGAGGCGACAGUUAGGCGUCACUAAUAAUGCUGGAACGGACAAAGCCAGUGACACCGUUCUUUCACUUCGACAAGAAAACGAGGCAUUGAAGCAGAAACUGCAGCAUUGCGAGAGAUUGCUGGAUAAAGAUGACACCCCAGUGCAAGACGAGCGGUUUUUAGAAAUCGUGGAAAUGCUGCCGUCUGCGAUCGGUACGGUGCUGGAAAACAAGAUACAGGGCCUGGAGUCAAAAUUGCGUGAGUAUCAGACGUACAAUACUCUACUGGAGCGGAAGCUCAAGGAGGCCGAGGAACGGGUGACCGCGAAGGAGGCCAUUUCGGACCAUGAAAGCGAAUCAAACCGAAUUAUAAAGGAGCAAGAGGAGGAGCUUUUGGAGCUACGUCGCGCGCUGACACGCAAGAAUAAGAUGCUGGAGGCACUGCAAAGUGCCAAACGGCUGCGAGAGGGAGCACUACGGCCGCUUAACCAUGAAAACAGGGCGUUCGAUAUAACAAGUGUGAGAAAGUAG